CAUGGGAAGUUUCAAACGGUUCCGAGGAUUUCACACAGAAGAUCAAGUUUAAUCAAGUAUUUAGAGAGACAGUUAACGGGAAAAACCCAUUGAUGCUUCUCCGAGCAGCUCUACCGCUUCCCGGACCACAACUCAUAUGCUCUGCUUUUCCACAGGAGGCUUACUUUGAAAUCACACUUCUGGAGAUCAUUGGCCGCCGCGGUGUUAUUAGUAACGUAUGCAGUGACCUUGCAUCAGUAGAAGGUGAAAAACUAUGUUGUUCAAGAGCCAAGGACCGAAACCCGUGACAAGAAAAAAAAGGGAUGGGGAAAAUGAAGAAGCCAUUUUGUCUCUAGGACUAGGGACUGGUGGUUCCGUUGAGCUCAGCGAGGCACAACUGCCCGGAAAAUUCCCCGCUUCUAUUGGAUUUCAAUCGGAUGGCGCUGUAUAUCUUGAUGGAAUGAAGUUGGUUUGUGAAUCAGAGAAACAUGCGUGGGCGAAGGAAAACAAGGUUGUUGGAUGUGGUUAUGACCCGAGGAAGAAGAAGGUUUACUUCACAAUCAACUCACACUUGGCUCACGUCAUUAACUGUAAAGCAAACGAAUUUGGGACACCUCUCUACCCCGUUCUUGCUUCCAAUACAGAGGCCACUGUUCUUAUUAACUUGGGGCAAUCUCCAUUUUAUUAUGGCCCGGCAAACGGGCAACGCACAACGAACCCGUGCCGUAGUGCUGUGGCCGGGCUUGAGGAUAGCAAAGAAUUGUUUUCCAUUGGGAGAUUAGAUUCCCAGUAUUUAAGAAACUUCUUCAUAAACAGAGGAAAUAGUGAGAUGAUUGCAAGCGGGAGGACCAUUGUGGGACAAAGCCAUAGACGUAAGUUGGACUAUGACGAAGAAUCCGACGCUGAUCUUUUUGAAAUUGCGCUAGAAUUUUCUGGUAAACCAAAUAUUGCCAAGUUGUAGCAUUUAUACGAAGAACAUUAUCUCAUCUUGAAGUGUAUCCUUAUUGUACAAAUAAUUUAUGACUCCAAGUUCAUCCUAUUAAUGAUCAAUUAUACACUCGUAUCAAUCAUUA